AUGGCGCGAACACGGACUGGAAAAGGCGCAACGAGCAAGACCGAAGACACCACUUCUAACAAGCCGACGUUGAAGCAGCUGGAGCCGAGCGUGGAAACACCACCUCAGGUCUUCAUACUACCUAAAGAUGUCUCGUCAGACGCGCGAAUACUGACGAUACCUAAUCCUGCCACGUUUGCGCCCAGCCGUUAUCUAAUAUGUCCCGAGAAAGGCAUAUACGAAUUCACAAGAAUCGCCGCCCCGAAGAAGGACCAGAGGAGUUGGCUGCUCGCGCCGAAUCGCAGCAAGAAUGUGCCGGUGAAGCAGGCAGACGAGGCCUCUGACGACAAUGGCUAUGUACUACAGGCUCCUGACAUGAUGCUUGCCACGCCUGUAGACCCACUGUUCCUGGUUUUACCUGCUCUUGUUGGAAAUGGCAAGAAUACUGCACAAGAAUUCCUGGCUUCGACCGACUUCAUCGCCAAGCUCACGGAAUCGGCACCGCAUCUUGCCCAAGUCCUGGAAGCGCCUCAGUUGGAGAGCAUGUUCGCCAAUCGCAUUGCAGCAGUGAGCGAUUGCAUAGACAUGGGCGAUGAGAAAAUGUAUGCUCUCGCCCUGCCAAAGCUUGUCAAGGAACUGGUGUCCAAAGCCAAGCGUAUGGUCGUCAGAGGCCUUCCACCCAGCAUGGAGGACCGCUUUGUCAAGCAAGUUCUGGAUGUGCCCGUGCUCAGCAUCAAGCGAGAAGAAAGCAACAUCAGCAUUGCAGAAGAUCAGGCCCGUGCUGCUGACAGCCAGGCCUCAUAUGUGCAAGAGUCGCAGGAGUCUUCGACUUCUGCAACAACCGUAUUCAGCGCGUCGACCGCAGCAACGUCGAUAUCCAUCAUGGACGACAAUGAUGGAUCGGUGCCUUCAUCAGGAGUUAUAGACCUGCUCCGACUCCGGGUAGCACUCAAUUUCAUCUUAUCAUCAUACAUCGUCCCGAAGCUGCGCAACAAACUAGAGCCUCUUAUCUCAGAUCUAGCGGUAUCGGGACAAGACUUCUCACCUUUGGAGGAGCAUUUAGAGAAGGUGACAGCACUCAAGAAGGAGGCGCAGGCUCUCCGAUCGCUCUCCGACAACAUCUCACGGAAGCGCGCCAAUGAGGACGAUGAUGAGGUCGCCGCUGCCAAGGCAGAAAAGAAGCGAAAGAAGGAAGAGGAGGAGUCAAAGAAGAAAAGCAUGUCGCUCGGCCUCAAAAAGCUGGCAAAGGCUGACACAAGCGGCAUGAAGAAGAUGAGCUCUUUCUUUGCAAAGGCGCCCGCCAAGAAAUGA